UUAUCGAUUGUUCGGCGUCAGCUCCUUAUCAGUCGCGAAUACGAUCGUUGUCGUUGUUAUGGUACGCCGCCGAACCGCGGUAAUAUUCGUCCGCGCGAUCGUUGCCGAUAUCAAACGCUCGCCACCAAAGACGAGGGGUCCGGUGCGGUGACCGCGGUACGCGCGGCGAACGACGGUCUCCCACCGAGUGACGCGAAAAUGCCGUACUACCGAGCGGCCAGCAGCUGCACCUACUACCCGCCCGCCCGCCAGACCGUGGCGUAAACGACGCGCGCUAGACACGUCUUGUCCGCGGCUCCCGCUUCGUUAAUCGCUUCUGAGCUCAAAAUCGAUAACGGCACAGUUGUUGUUGUUGUACGUCCUACAACGACCGUAGUUGUAGUUGUAGUAGGCGUAUCAGAUAAGCCGUUGUCCGAAAGGCAUACGCUCGCGUAGGUAGGCCGUAAAUCGAUUAAAUCAAAUAAUAAUAAUUGUUGUCGAUUUCUGUCGAUGGUUUCGAGGAAAACUAAUCGAAAUUCGUCGGACGACUAAAGAUGUUUGCCGUCCAACGUCCGGGACUCGACGCUUCCUACCACUCCUACCGGCUCGGCGUGUUGUUGUGAUUACUAUCGUAUCGACGAUGAUGGGAUUAUCGUUGUUGGUAAUUAUGCGUAGAUAAAAAAAAAGAUAACAUCAUCAAUCGUCAUUUAAUCAUUGUUCCGUCCUCCGUCGUUAAUUUUUUUCUCGUAUUCCGUUGUUACAAUGCUACUACAAUGCUACUAAAAUAUUAGCUAUCGAGUAUUGGCAAUAAUUACUAUCGUGAAUUAGUCUAAUUGUCGGAGUUACAGUUCCGCGUCAUACGACCCUGCUCGAACGCAGUGUAAAUUAGAAGAUACUAUAUUUUUUUUUCAUCUGUCUUAUCAAUAUUUUCAUUCAAACUAUGACUGCUAUUCCGCCACCGAUAAAAUACAAUACAUUUUCAAGUACAAUGGACUGAACUGAAGCUGAUCCGUUAGCGCCACACAGCUGUUUUACGAAGAAUAUUAACUGAAGAUGGAUAAUAAUAUAUUUCAUGAAUUUAAUGGUGCCGCUAGAGAUAAAUGUAAUUAUUAUAAUCGAACGAGAAAUAGACUUCUUAUUACUGCUUAUGAAGGAAUACCUGAAACACUUUUACUCAAUGCCUUAGGGUGUGUUCUCUUAGUUUUAUUUUUUGCAUUCAUGAGGAAAAGAGCAUGGGAUUAUGGACGUUUAGCAUUGGUUAAUAAAGAUUAUGAAAAAUGGUCUCGUAUAUUUUAUGGUACAACUGAUGAAAAUUCAGAAAAUAACAUUGAAGAUGGCAAUUCUACAACUACAUUAGACAACUCAAUGCCUGUAGAUAGAGGGUUAUUUUCCUGGUUCUUAACAAUUAUACAACUCAGAGAUGAAAAAAUUUUACGUAAAUGUGGUUACGAUGCUGUUCAAUAUUUAUCAUUCCAAAGACACAUAAUGGUGUUAAUGGCUAUAAUUACUGCUGUUUCAUUGGGUGUGGUACUACCAAUCAAUUUUGCUGGAGAUUUAGAAGGUGAUGAAAGAUCAUUUGGACAUACUACUGUUAGCAAUCUUCAUCCUGAUUCACCUUGGCUGUGGGUACAUGUGACUAUAGCAAUGUUAUAUUUUCCAUUAACUAUUUGCAUAAUGAGAAGGUUUUCUGUAAAUCUUAAAUUAGAAGAAAAUGGUGAAUGUUGGUCACGUACGUUGAUGAUAACAAAUAUUCCUAGACGAAAUUCUGACAUUAAUGAUAUGGAUCGACAUUUUAAAGAGGCAUAUCCUGAAUGUGAAGUAGAAAAUAUUCAGCUUGCUUAUGAUGUCAACAAAGCUAAUGAACUAGAUAGAGACAGAAAUGCUGCAGUUCAAGCAAAACAGUAUUGUGAAAAUCAUUUAAAAACUGUUGGCGAACGUCUUACAGUGCAACCUCAUGUUUGUGGUUAUAUUUGCAUUUGUUGUGGUUUCUGUAGUUCUAAUAAUUUGGAUGCUAUUGAUUAUUAUUCUCAAGAAGAAGCUCGAUUAAAAGCAGAAUUAGAAGCAGAAAAAGAAUCUGCUUUAAAGAGACCUCUGGGUAUAGCUUUUGUAACUAUGACAACAAUUCAUACAGCUAGACUCAUCCACCAAGAUCAUGUUUACAAGUUAUCUAAAUGUGGUCGUCAUAAUCCACCUACUAGUUCUGUGGCUGGUCUACUUCAACCUUAUCGUUGGAGAGUAACUUUUGCUCCCCCACCAGAUGAUAUAUUUUGGGAAAAUUUGACUGAACCAUCUCACAAUCGAUACUGUAAAAUUGUUUUAACAAAUUCAUUUUUAGUGAUAAUUUUAUUUUUUUUGACAACUCCUGUGAUUGUUUUAAAUGUUAUGGACACACUUAAGCUUAGAGAAAUUGAAAAAGCUAGUCCAAUCUUAUCAGAAUUUAUGCCUACAUUAUUGUUGUGGACUGCUGCUGCAUUAUUACCGGUAUUAGUUAUAAGGUCUGAUCAGUGGCUUAGUCAUUGGACAAGAUCUAAAAGAAACCAUUCCAUUAUGCGUAAAACAUUUGUUUUUCUUCUUUUUAUGUGUUUAAUACUUCCAUCAUUGGGAUUAACAAGUGCCCAAGCAUUCCUUAUGUUCGCAUUUCAAGCAGGUAUUGAAACUUAUCGUUGGCAAUGUGUGUUUUUGCCUGAUAAAGGAGCAUUCUUUGUGAAUUAUGUUGUUACAUCUGCUCUUAUUGGAACAAGUUUAGAACUCAUACGAUUUCCAGAACUUUUUAUGUAUGCCCUCCGAUUAUCAUUAUCAAGAUCAAAAGCAGAAUCUGCUAGUGCUAGAAGAUUAAUUCUUUGGGAAUUUCCAUUUGGUGUACAAUAUGCUUGGAUGUUACUUAUAUUUUCAAUUGUGACAGUAUAUAGUCUUUCCUGUCCUCUUAUAACACCAUUUGGUCUACUAUAUAUGGUUACUAAACAUUUUGUUGAUCGUUAUAAUAUUUAUUUUGCUUAUGGCAAAUCAAAAAUUAGUAAACGUAUACAUAGUACAGCUAUAAAUUGUGUUAUGGUUUCAAUAGUACUUUUACAAGUAAGUUUCACUUCAUUAUCAAUGUUGCGUCACGGACUUCAUGAUAUUACUUUAUUUGCAUUAUUUGGACUAAUAAUAACAUUAACAUUUACACUAUCUCAAUGUUUCUUCCGGCAUUGUACCGCAUGGAGUCCUAUACUUUAUCAAGUUAGAAAUCCACGUACAGUUCAACCAAGUCCAGCAAGAAGACGUGACCAUUCACAUGAGUAUGACUAUGUCCCUGAAGUACUACGUCAACCUUUGCCUCAUACCGCAGCAAAUUCUCUAAUUACGUUAACACCAAAUGAUUCUGGUACUACAUUGGAUGACUUGGAAAUCGAAAUAAAACAUAUUGAUGAUAGAUCAGAUUAUCAUCCCCAAACUAAAGUAAUUAUAGAAUCUCAAAAUCACUGUGAUCAACUAUACCAGAAUUAUGAUUAUAGUCAAACAGUUCCUGUAUAAUAAGGUAGGAAAACUGUGAUUCUAAUUUUUAUAGUAACAAAAUUAAUAUAAAUCUAUACUUAUUUUACAGAAACAUGUUCCAUUUUUAUUUUUGGUUGUAUUAUUUCACAUUAUAGGUAACUAGUUUUUUAUUGUUAUUGAAAAUUGUACAUGCUGAUGAUAUUAGUUACGUUACUAUAAAAUAUUUCUAAAACAUAAAUUACCAUAUUUUCAUAAAAUAAAUUACUUCCUCUUGACUAUUAUAUCUACACAAAAUUGUUUUUUGAAUUUAAUUUGUGAACAUCAUUCUAACUUUAAUACAUUUAUACAAAAUCAGUAAAAAAUACAAUUUUAAUCAAAUUAAUUAUAAUGUUCUAUGCAUAAGAUCAUAGACAUAUUUUCGUUAUCAACAGAUUAUGUACAUAUUAUAAUUUUUGAUGCUGUAUAAAAGUAAUAUUAGAUAAAAUACCACUGAAACGAUACCUAAUAUGUUUUCUUAUAUAUUUAUAUAUAUUAUGCUUAUUAGAGAUUUCUUUAAAAUUGAUAAUUUAAAGAAUUAAUUUUAUUCUUAAUCAAAUCAUAAUCAGUUAUUAUUAUUUAUUUAUUUAUUUUCCUUUUUUCACUUACAUAAAACCACUUACAAUGAAAGUACAAUUUGUCCGACUAAGUGUUUAAUUAAAAUUGUAUGUUUAGUACUUAAAUACUUUAAAUCUAACAUAAUAUAUCAUUAUCAACUUUACUGAUAUAAUAAUACAUCACAAGAUAAUCAUUUAAAAAUAUCUGUCCAAGUAUGUCGAUGUAUACACUACAUGUGUCUACUAUUAUUAAAUUCACUUAAAUAUAAUAAAGCAUACUAUUAUUAUUUGCAUGAAUACAAUAAUGAUAUAAUAUUUUCUUAUAUCUCUAACAGCGGUAAAUUUUAAAAACUAUUAAUUUGAAAUGUAUUCGAAAAUAAAUAUUGUUUAUUAUUAAUAUUAAUCUAAAUUAUAUCAUGGAAUUAUACUUAAUGCAUUGAUAAAUCAACUAAAUAAAAAAAUCAAUAUUUUUAUAAAUCGUUUAUUUUAAUCAAAUUCAAACGAUAUGUAAAAAAAAAUGGCAUAAUGGCAAUGAUAAAUAAUGUGCAAUAAAAUCAUAUUUAUUUUGUGUAAUUUAUUAUUUUAUUCAAGCUACAUUGAUAAUUGUACAAUUAAACUGAUCUCUGUGAAAACUUUUAAAUCAUUCUUGUCCUUAAUGUGUUGUUAUAUACUUAAUAUGAAAAUUUUAUUUAGUUCCCUUUGUCCACAUUAGUUUUAAAUAUUAUAACAAAAAGAAAAAACCAUGAGUUUAACAAAUAAUUGAUAGUUAUUUCUUUUAUGUAUUAACGAAUUAAUUUAUGUACAUUGAACUUACCUUUUAUUAUUGUUUUCUUACCAAAACUUAUUCAAAUACAUGCUGGCUCAUAAUUGUAAGCAAUAUUGUUUUUAAAUUUGUAAAAAAGUUAUUUUAAUAAUAUAACAAUGUUCUUAUAAUAGUAUAUAAUUGAAUACUAUAAAUUAUACUAACACCACAAUUGUAUGUGAUAAAACUUUUUACCAAGGCUUAUAGUAUUAAUUAAAAAUAUUGAAAUUUUACACAUUUUUAUAUCUUAAAACAAUAAUAUAUAAUUGUAUAGUGUGUUUCUAGUCUAAAAAAAUACAUUGUUAAAUAACGUAGAGCAAGCUAUUAACUAUUUUUUUUUUUUUUUUUAGUAUUAAUAACUUCAUAUUUGUACUUAUAUUGUGUUUUGAUUAAACGUUUUGUAACCACCUAUAAUACAUCAUUAUUUAUAAUUAUAAUUAUAUAUAAAUUUUCAAUGUCAAAUAAUGUUUUACUUUCAAACUUAGCGAAAAUUAUCAUCAUACUUUAAUAACAGAAUACAUGUAAAUUAAUUAAUAAACAAUAACAUUUAAUCAAAACAUUGUCCAUGAUAGGAUAAUUCUUAUUGUACUUGUAUAUUUAUAAACAUAUUAUAACUUAUUAGUUUUUUUUUUUAAAUUUUAUUUUACAGCUUAUUUUUUUUUUUUAUGCAUAAAAUAUUUAUUUUGUGUGUGUUGUUAAUGUUUUUAGAAUCUCUUAAAUAAAAAUAUAAUAAUUUAAUUA